AGACACUUCCUGUGGCAGAGAAAAGAGGUAGUGAGCUGGUGUUUCAGGAUGUGAGGGCCCGCAGGAGCGGAGCCGGGCUUUCUCUGUUGCCUGCCUGCCACCGUGCAAGCUCUGGCCGGGGCUGCCCACAGUCCCCAUGGUGGGAUCUCCUCACAGCAGGGACCCGUGAAUAGCGGCGGCAUGCCAGGGAAGCCCAAGCACCUGGGUGUCCCCAACGGGCGCAUGGUUCUGGCUGUCUCAGAUGGAGAGCUGAGCAGCACGGCGGGGCCUCAUGGCCAGGGCGAGGGCCGAGGAAGCUCCCUCAGUAUCCACAGCCUCCCUAGUGGCCCCAGCAGCCCCUUCCCCACCGAGGAGCAGCCUGUGGCCAGCUGGGGCCUGUCCUUCGAGCGGCUGCUGCAGGACCCGCUGGGGCUGGCUUAUUUCACUGAGUUCCUGAAAAAGGAGUUCAGCGCUGAGAAUGUAACUUUCUGGAAGGCCUGCGAGCGCUUCCAGCAGAUCCCAGCCAGCGACACCCAGCAGCUUGCUCAGGAAGCCCGCCAUAUCUACCAGGAAUUCCUCUCCAGCCAGGCGCUGAGCCCAGUGAACAUAGACCGGCAGGCCUGGCUAGGCGAGGAGGUGCUGGCAGAACCCCGACCGGACAUGUUCCGCGCACAGCAGCUCCAGAUCUUCAACCUGAUGAAGUUCGACAGCUACGCGCGCUUCGUCAAGUCUCCGCUAUACCGCGAGUGUCUCCUGGCGGAGGCCGAGGGACGCCCCCUGCGGGAACCUGGCUCCUCCAGCCCGGGCAGCCCUGACUCCACGAGGAAGAAGCCGAAGCUGAAGCCCGGGAAGUCGCUCCCGCUGGGCGUGGAGGAGUUGGGGCACCUGCCGGCUACUGAGGGCUCUGGGGGUCGUCCCCUCCGCAAGUCUUUCCGCAGGGAACUGGCAGGCGGAGCCCCAAACUCAGCCUUACGCAGAGAGUCCCAGGGCUCCCUCAACUCCUCCGCCAGUCUGGACCUUGGUUUCCUUGCCUUUGUCAACAGCAAAUCUGAGGUGUCCCCAGCAGGUGUAUGUGGGUCAGCGGGAGGACCUGUCUCUAGGCGCCACUACAUCUGGCAGAGCCACCGGAAGAGCCUUGGGAGCACAGAAGGUGAGAGUGAGAGUCGGCCAGGGAAGUACUGCUGCGUGUACCUGCCUGAUGGCACAGCAUCUUUGGCCCUGGCACGACCUGGCCUCACCAUCCGUGCCAUGCUGGCGGGCAUCUGUGAGAAACGAGGCCUCUCUCUACCUGACAUCAAGGUCUAUCUAGUCGGCAAUGAGCAGAAGGCCCUGGUCCUGGACCAGGACUGCUCGGUGCUGGCGGACCAGGAAGUGCGGCUGGAGAACAGGAUCACCUUCGAGGUCGAGUUGGUGGCUCUGGAGCGCGUGGUGCGGAUCUCCGCCAAGCCCACCAAGCGGCUGCAGGAGGCCCUGCAGCCCAUUCUGGCGAAGCACGGUCUGAGCCCGCAACAGGUGGUGCUGUGCCUGCCAGGCGAGAAGCAGCCGCUGGAUCUGGGGAAGCUAGUGAGCUCGGUGGCGGCCCAGAGACUGGUUUUGGACACUCACCCAGGUGUGAAGAUUUCCGGAGCUGGAGACGUAGCCCAGUACUGCAGUCAGGGUGGCCAGCCUAGAGCCCAGAACAAGGCCACCCAUCCCCCUCCACUGUCCCUCAACUCGCUGGCCGAGGCGCCCAGUAGUAUCCCUGGGAAGCGGCAGACCUGUGACAUUGAAGGCUUGGUGGAGCUGCUGAAUCGAGUGCAGAGCAGUGGGGCCCAUGACCAGAGGGGCCUUCUGCGCAAAGAGGACCUGGUGCUUCCAGAAUUUCUGCAGCUGCCAACCCAAGGGCCCCAUUCCCAGGAGGCCCCACCACAGACUGUAUCAGAGGUCCAGCCCAAGGGGGACCCCUCGGACUCCACGGCCCACGCGGCCCUCUGACAGCCGCCCAGCAGUCCAGGCCAGCUGCACGGCACCUGGCGGGCCAAGCAUGCUGUGGGCCCGCUCUGCAUGCUCUGUCUGUGCCAUGAGUGUCCUUGGCCCCUUCCUGCCACGGGCAGGCCCGCAGGAAGAGCUGGAAGGCAGUGGAGAGCGGGCUCAGAGGAGCCACACCCCACAGCUGCCACCACUCGGUCCCUCAUCGGUUCACUCCCCCAACCCUUGCUGCCAGGCCACUGAGGGGAGGUGGGGCUGGCCUCCCCAGUACAGGCAGGCCCAGCACAGAGGGGCAGCGUUGGAGUGCGAGCCUCCCCACCCCGGGGCAGAGCCUCAGCAGGGAGCAGGACGAGGGGCUGGCCCCUCGGCAGGGAGCUGGUAUGAAUAAGUCCUGGGGGUGCGGGUGGGCAGCCCCUCACUACUCACACAGGCGCUGCUGGACAUAUGGAUUUUGAAGUUGGCCUGGGGCAGCUGGGUUUGUCCUGGAUGUAUGAUAUUGUUAUUAUAAUAGUAAUUAUUAUUCUCCCAUGAA